AGAAGAAUAGUUUAUACAGAGUUGUGUGUAUACUUUGCUCAUCCUGGAUUCUACUUUCUUAUGUUCAUAUUCACAAACUCAGGAAUAAUAUAAAUGAGCGGAGAAAUAUAUUCAGUGAUUAUACAGAAAAGCUACGAAAAAUAGGAGAUGCAGAGUUUACACCAGCCGCAGAAGUUUUAAGUCCAGCAUCAAACUGCAUCAACCUGGGAUUCAUCAUGGUUAACAGGCAUCAAACUUCAGGCUUCGAUGAGGAGUUUUCCCGACGGUCUAAAGAGUCUUUAACAAAACUUCUACUGCAGGCAGAUUCAAGGAGACCCAUACACUUUAUUGUAUUGACUGAUGACUGGAGUAGACAAGACGUCGGUGAGUUUAUGGUGACUCUGCUAGCCAGGCUUAUAUCCACAGAGUUAAUCCAGGUUCAGAACCGGAAAAGAAAGCACAUUCCACCGGUUUACGUAUCUUUAGUUGAUUAUCACGAGGUUGCAAACUUAAACAUGGAUUUUGUGAAAACCUUUCAAAGCUACAAACUUGGAGAUAAAGAGGCUUUGCAGGAGGAUAAAUAUUCUAGAGAUUUCUUUUAUAUCGCGCCCUUCUACCAUCUAGCGUUCACCUCUCUAACUACACUCAUCUUCUUGGAUUGCUUUGAUUUAGACUUUAAAGCUGAUAUUGGGCUCCUUACUGAUGAAGUAAAAAAAAUGGAAAAAACCUCUGCUGUAAUCGGAAUAGGACUUGACCUAAGUCCACAUUACAGAAUAAAGAUGGAAGCCUACAAUAAAAUCUAUGGGAUGGGACCGGAUAGUCCAGGAAGACCAGGAAGAUUUCAAGGGUUCAAUAGCGGUGUUGUCAUUUUUCAUUUGGAAAGGAUGAGAAGAAGUGAAACUUAUAACAGUUAUUUAAACUCAAAGGAAUUAGUAGCUCUCUUUACAGAGCAGUUUGUAAGACCUUCAGUAGGGGAUCAGGACUGGUUUACAAGCUUAGGGUUCAAGGAGCCCGAACUGUUUUAUGUACUCCCAUGCCAGUUUAAUGUACAAACAUCUCUACAAUGGAUGAAAGAGAGUUACAAAGAUGUUUUUGAUGAUUAUCAUUAUUGUGACAAUAUGCAGAAUGUUAAAAUUAUACAUUUGAACGGGUGUGGUCCGACUCCUAAGGAUUGUGGAAACCUGGGAGACCCGUCGUUACAUGCAUCAAAGAGGUUCAGAAACGGCGACUAUGAUCAUAUUAUGUACGGAACUUUUCAAAUGGACUGGACAUUUUUCAUAAGAAAAAAAUGGCAGAAAGUGAGACAAAUCGAGUCUAGUUAGCAAUUUUGAUUUUUCAACAUUUUACAUCUUUUAUCUGUUAAUUUAAGUACUGCAAGUACAACAAAUACGGGUUUGGCUUAAUUUUUUAUUUUUAUUUUCAAAUUUAAAAAUCCCAAUCUUGUUUGUACAGAAAUACCUAGAGGGCGCUUACUUCUAUACAGUCUUUAAGAUCGACUGGGAGUAUUUUGCAAGAAGAAAAUGGGGGAAAAUUAGUUGAUGAUUUUCCUUAAACAUUACAUUUCAUAUUGCAGCUGGCAAUAGUUAACUAAAGAUUUCGAUAUUUUAAAAUAUUUAAUACAGGACUGCCCACAAAGAAUAAGACUUAAAUGACGACC